GGGCCAGCAGCAGCAGCAGCAGCGACGCAUCCUCUCACGUCUUUACGCACAGUGGAUGGACGGAGGCAGAGACCCGGUCGAGGAUGCUGCUCUCAGCGGCUCAGGAGGGCUCUCUCUCGGGGUUUAUUUAUCAGGUAGCGGUGGUUUGGUCGCCGGUGCUGCUGUAAAAUGCACUGGAGCAGAGCGGCUGUGCUGGUCGGCCUAGCUGAGCUCGGCUGCUGCUGCUCGCCGUCGCCUCUCCCAUUUCUCUUCUAGUACUUUUUAUUGUAGCGUUAUUAUUUCCAGGUCAAAAUCUCAGUUUCCUGUGCGGCUUGUUUGGACCAAAAAUGGCCGGAGAUGGCGGCGCUCUGAAGGAUAUCAAUGAGAUUAAAUCCCAGUUCCGGACCAGGGAGGGUUUCUACAAGCUGCUCACCCUCUCGGACUCGCAGCAGCGGGGCGGCCUGCCGCGGGGUCCGUCCUCCGGAGCCACGCUGGGCCCCGGAGCUGGACCCGCUCCGAUACCCGGCGGAGGGGUCGGGUUGCUGCAGGGGCCCGGGGCUGCCGCCGCCGCUGCCGCCUCCUCCUCCUCCAAUGCCGCAGCCAACUCCUCUCCUGCGGGCUUCCUGCCGCCGGUUCGGGUCUCUAUGGUCAAGCUCCAGCCCGAAGACCCGAGCGAGGAGUCGGAGCGGGUGUGCUUCAACAUCGGCAGGGAGCUUUAUUUCUACACGUACACCAACAUAAAGAAGGCUGUAGACCUCAGUAAGCCCAUAGACAAGAGAAUCUACAAGGGGACUCAGCCCACGUGUCACGACUUCAACCAGUACUCGGCCACGGCAGAGAGCGUCGCUCUGAUCGUGGGUUUCUCAGCCGGACAGGUCCAGUACCUUGACCCCAUCAAGAAGGAAACCAGUAAACUCUUCAACGAGGAGAGGUUGAUAGACAAAUCCAAGGUGACGUGUCUAAAAUGGCUUCCUAAAUCAGAGAACCUGUUUCUAGCCUCCCAUGCUAGUGGCCACCUCUACCUCUACAACGUGGACCACCCGUGUGGCACCACAGCCCCACAGUACUCUCUGCUGCGGCAGGGCGAAGGCUUUGCUGUCUACGCCUGCAAAACCAAGACGCCACGCAAUCCAUUGUUACGAUGGGCCGUGGGCGAGGGCGGCUUGAAUGAGUUUGCUUUCUCCCCGGAUGGCGUGCAUGUGGCAUGUGUGGGCCAGGAUGGCUGCCUGCGCGUCUUCCACUUUGACUCCAUGGAGCUGCAGGGUGUGAUGAAGAGCUACUUUGGCGGGCUUCUUUGUGUGUCCUGGAGUCCUGAUGGGAAAUAUCUCGCCACAGGUGGAGAGGAUGAUCUAGUCACUGUCUGGUCAUUCGCGGAAAGCCGGGUUGUUGCAAGAGGUCAUGGACACAAGUCUUGGGUCAAUGUGGUGGCGUUUGACCCCUUCACGACUUCCCUGGAGGACGAGGAGCCAAUGGAGCUUAGCGGUAGUGAGGAAGACCUCCAUCAGGGGGCACCAAAUAACUCCAUGCACUUCGGCCGGGUCAGAACGAGCAGCACGUUGUCGCGUCUUUCUCGGCACAGCUCCAAAGGAGGCGGUUCGGCCUCUGUCACGUAUCGGUUCGGCUCUGUGGGACAGGACACUCAGUUCUGUCUGUGGGACCUGACGGAUGACGUUUUAUACCCCCGCUUGCCGCUGACCCGCGCCUUUACUAACACUUUUGGGCCGUCGCUGUCCAACUCUGCAGUUAACAGCACCUCAGGAGGGGGAGGAAGUGGAGGGGUGGAGGGGCAUCAUCACCCCCCAAACACUAACACUGGCACGUCCAACCCACCAACGCUUCCUUUACCUCUCCCUCGCUCCCUGUCCCGCUCCAACUCUCUGCCACACCCCGCCGUGGCCAAUGCCUCCAAAGGCCAGGGCACGACAGAGGGCAGCGGGGGAGGUGGAGGAGGGGGAGGGAGCACCACUGGGGGAAAUAGCACCCCAUUUAGCAUUGGCCGCUUCGCCACGCUGUCACUACAGGAGCGCAAGUCGGAUAAGUCCGGCUGUGGCAGUGGGGUGGAGAAGGAGCACAAGAGGUACCACAGCCUGGGAAAUAUCAGCAAAAGCAACGAUAAGAUCAAUGUGGCUCCGAGAAGCAACCGGCUGGACGCUGCCAAGGUCCUGGGCACCACGCUGUGCCCGCGCAUGCACGAGGUGCCGCUGCUAGAGCCGCUGGUGUGCAAGAAGAUCGCACACGAGCGGCUCACUGUCCUGGUGUUCAUGGACGACUGCAUCAUCACCGCCUGCCAAGAGGGUCUCAUCUGCACCUGGGCGCGGCCGGGGAAGGCGAACUUGACAGCACAGAACGGGAACUCUCCGAGCGGCACAGUGGUAUAGCUGGAGGAGAAGCUUUGCACUCACCCCUCCCUCAUCCUUCAUCUUCCUUCAGUCUGACAUGAUGUGGAAUUAGGGGCCAAAACCAGAGACUGUACUCUACCUACCACUGCAGUAUUAUCCCUCAGUGUAACCCUCUGUACCAGCCAUGAUCCAAACCCUGAUCAACGCGGACUCUACUCUCAUGGUGGCCGGGUGGGAAACACUUCUGAAUUAUUUGCACAUGUGGAAUAAAACUGCACUGCAACAUAAAUCUUACAUCUGAGAUAAAGUUAGCUGGAAAUCUGUGGAACUAGAGAUGAUUAAAUGUAGCACACUGUCAGAGAUUGAAAACUUAUUGGUACGUAAUAAUACUGGGUGACUUUAAUGGGCCUCUACCAAACCUCAGUAACUAGUACUUUGUCAUAAAAUCAGGUUUAAAGGGCAGAAAUUGUUUACCUUAAAUCUCCAGUAACAGAAACAAAAGUCUAAAUUUUAUUAUGGUGCUAAGUGUUAGGACACAGUAACACAUGGGAGAGUUUCCCACCUCGUGCCACUGUGGGAGUAAAGUUUUCUCCUCGUGCUUCGGCCCUCUGCCUUCACUCCAGCCCUCCGUGUUUCUCUGCAGAACGACUGCAUCAAACAGUAGAGACUGUUUAUCCGCUCUAUCUGCAACCCUGAAGGAGCGAACAGCAGGCUCAGCCUUCAUUCGUCCUUCAUCCGAUCCCUUCUGUUUUCCCCUUCAUGCAAAGACACUGCAAAAGCCACGGCCGUUGUAUUUAAGUUAUUUAUUUUAUCACAAGACUGUGUAGUAAUUUAUAAUGUAAAUACUGAAAAUACUCUAUAAAUACAAAUGGACAAACGUGUAUGGAAUAAUGACUUGACAACAAGGACGUAAAGAGAAAAGAGGACAGAUGAAGAAUAUUAAUAUAUGAAGAUCCUUCUAUUGUACAUAGCAACCACAGUUAAAAUUGAAUGUCUGCUGUUUUAGGGAACUUGAAGAUGUCAAUGUGUUUUUAUUUUGUGUGAUAGAGUUUCUCCGGUUUGUCCCUGAAAGUGUGCUGGGUUUAAUUCGUCAAAAGACCGAAGCAUUUUGUGUCCAGAGUAACUUUUCAGAGAAACUGACCCGAGUCGAGCACAGAGAGCAAUAUUCAGAGUGUCUGUUGGCUGUACGUCUCAGCUGAAGUUAACCGAACGAUGAUAAUCCUGAUGAACAUCAAGUUCAGACAAACAGCAUCUUCAUGAAUAUCCUGCUCACGAACAAACACACCCUCUUGCACAUUCCGAACACACACCGGCUCACACACACCGCACCCACACACACACACACACGAUCCUCUCAUGGUGUAGCAUCUGGUAUUCUGUGUCUAGACAUCAUUCCUGUUGCACCUGAAUUGCCUCUUGCAAGAAUUUGCACAUACAAUAAACCACGGUCGAUCCUGAGCUGCCAUCAGAGACUUAAGAGGUGUUUUUGUCUGGUUUGAUCUGACCUCUGCUCAGAAAACAGCUCUUAUAACACAACAACACCUGCAUUUUUUAGGUUUAAAGGAUUGGAGAGGUGUGAGACUUCAAACAAGAUGGGUCUUUAACUUUGUGGUUGGAUUCAGAGGAUUUUAAGGAAUAGGAACCAAAAUACUCUGACAACAAAAAAGCUCCUUUAUUUCGUAGGCUUGGGCUGCCUGCUAUAAUCCUGCCUAACAAUAUGUUGUGAUUAUUAUUUUACAUUUAAUGGUUAAACAAACAAAAUAAAUCUCCCCUGUUCGACAUAAGCCAGAGACAAGUAAUGAACAAAACGUUUCAUGAUUAUUUUUUUUCUCUAACAACGGCUGAAAGUGAAGUUCUCCUGGAUUAUUUUUGAGUGAAAAGUAGACAUUGCAAGAUGUCUGUGCAGGUUCUCAUUCAUCCCGGUCAUGCUAAUCCAAAGCUAGAUCCAAAAGGGUCGGCUGGACUAGUUGAUGUCAAAAGUUGUGGAACAAGUCCAGCUGCCCCCCUGGAUCAAGCUUUGGAUGUUGUAGGCUCGUUUUGGUCUCAUAUGACUGAAAUGCAGCUUCAUAAGUAAAGGUUAGCAUUCCUGAAAGAGCUAAGAAAAAUCCUGAAAAAAAAAUCCCUGUUUUUGAGUCAGAAAUGGAAGCUAAAUCAAUUUUAAAAUAUCAGUUUUCCUUCUUUACUGAAGCACCAGGCUUCAGACAUCAGACAUGCAAGGCUCACAGGUGUGUAAGCAUGUGCAGUGACUUCAGUUUGCACAUGUGUUUACUGCCAUCCACUGGUUUCAGCCAUAGCUUUCAUGAGAGAAACGAUAGUAGGAGAUAUUAAUGUUUUUCUUAAUAAUACAUUUUUGGCUUUCUCAUGCCUUUAUUCAGAGUGGAGGACAGUGGAACUGUGGACAGUGUCAGAAACAGGCGAGAGAAAAGUGAGGCAGAGCUGCAGGCCAGACUUGAACCCCGGCUGCCUGCGUACAUGAUGUGGUGUGACCUAACCGCUAGACCAGAGGUUCCCUAACUUUCUAGUGACCCUCAGAAUAAUGAUGGCAGGGACUUUGGACCCCCAGACAUGCACAUUUAAGAAUAGUUGUGUGCAGGCUUGCAUUUUUGGGGCUUUUUGCCUUUGUUUUUAUAGAACAGCUGAGGUGAGACAGGAAAUAUGGGACCAAAGAGUGGGGGAAGGCUGUUUUAUUUUGAAUCAAAAUAUUUUUAUACUUACAUUUGUAAUUUAAUGGGAGAAUAUAUAUAAUUUAAACCAUUAAAAAUGUUCUUUGUAUUUUGAAAGUAUAUCAAGACGCAGCUUUCAGUUGCGACCCCCACUUUGAGAACCACUUGGCUAGACUGUCAGCGCCCCAGAGACACAGAAAUUUUUAAAGAAAGAGACUGAUGUUAACGGAGAGCAAGAAGAAAGCUUAGCUAACUGUAAAGUGAGAUUCAUUCAGCAGAGACAACAUUAUUUGUUUAAAGGUGCAGUGUGAAAUAGUUCAGUGCAUUGAGCAGAACAUGCUUGGUGAAAAUGAAACGUAAUAUGCCUCUCUGAUCUGGUGUUUAAUCACUUCAAUAUAGAAAGUUGUUUUGAUUAUUUGGUCACUUCUGUGGUACUGUAGAAACAUGCAUGAUGCAAAAAUCCAACAUGGCGGAGACCAUGGAAUCCAUCCUUAUGUAUGAAUAAAAGACUUUUUCUGUGUUAUAAAACCAAAUAAUUUUAUAUAUUCAGGUGAUUAACACUAAAAUAGAGAGGCCUACAUAUAAUGUUCAUUUCUACCAAGUUUGUUUUACUAAAUACUACCAGGAUAAAUAGUACACACUGCACCUUUAAUGGUCCAAAAAAAGGCUGGGGAAAAACAUGUUUAAAUAACUGUCGGACUUAAAAAGAUCAUUUAAAGUAACUUGAAAUAAGCCAUUUUAGAAGUUCUGUUUUAACUGCUAUUAAAGAAGAGUCCUAUUAAUUUACUGAUCAAAAGCUGAGACCUAAAUGCACAUGCCUGAUGUCUGCAGCCAGGUUCUCCUGUUUUUUGAAACUUGUGGGCUCCCCUACUCUUGCGAUGCUGAAUUUAAAGGUCCAUGUCACAUUUUUACACUGAAAUGUUUAAAUUCAUUACAAACGACUAAACCUAUUUUAUGUAUUUUAACUAAAUACUUAUUCGACCUCAGUAUUCCCAAUAGUUUUCAAAGCCAGAGACAUCCUUAGUUUUCAUAGUUGUAACUGGAUGUUUCUUGUUUGCCAUGACAGACAUGACAUGAUUAUCAUUACAGAGGAAACACCAAAACUUUGUCAAAGAAUGCAAUAUUCUGAGCCUCUAUCUCAUUCAUUUUUUGUACUCCUUACCUGUGUAGGUCCAUUCAUGACACAAAAUGUCUGUUCCUACAUCAUCUUACUAAGCAUUAUGACACCUUAAUGCAAAUCCCUGAAGCCAUUUACAGAAGACAUCUAUGCUAAGGAUGUGCUUCCCUACGUGUUUAAUAACAAAUAUGCUGAAAUUAGAGCAGUAAUCAGUGGCCAGCCAUUUUUUUUAUGCUGCACCUGGUCACCAAAACAUCUCAGUCCACUUCUGUGAAACGCCUCAGAGGUAAACUUCCACAUCUCUUUUUACUGUCUUUACAAGUAUGCUCAGCUCCAGUUGAAUGCUCAUGAUACAUGACAAACUUUUUGUUAUGAACUUCUCGUGUUAUUGAGCCACCUGUCCAACAGUAGCAUCCUAUAAAUAGCACACAAACUUCCAAGACUGCAGGAGAGCCAAGGUUACGCCCUUGGUGCAACAGAAAAACCACCAGUUUCUCUGCACCAUGUUCAAGACGGUGUGUGUGGGGGGGUAUUGUUGCAGGCAGCCCAUACACUCAGCCCUGUUGUCAUAGCAACAGCAUGUCUGCAGGGUGUAUCUUGAAUGAGCUCAUGAGCUCUGGGGUCAACCUCAGCAUCAGGGCUAAAUUAAUGCUUCGCCACGAUGUCUGAUAUGAGAGCAAAAAGUACACCUGCUGUCGCUGAAGGAGAAAUUCACCACAAUAUGAUCGAUAUGAUUUAACUGUUUUUAUUCUGUGAAAGAUGCUCAACUGACCUUUUGUCAAACCCUUCCCUCUUUGGUCACUGUUAAUGGGUUAGACUAGACUCUGAAACAGUUGAAAAUAUCCUACAAAUGGACUAACUUUGGGUUAAAAACCUGUCAAAAUCAUUUGAAACUUAUUCAAUAACUGAUGCUGGUGAUGUUAGCUAGCAUGAUCUUUUUACCAAGUGCUUUUUUCUGCAAAAAGAGAUUAAAAGGAUUUUUUUUAUCUGCUUCUAGCUUUACUAGACUAGCAUGAACAUUAAGUUGUACUGAAUAGUAAUGUCAAUAUUUCAUUAAUGUUACCUUACUAACAUUACCAGCAAUGCAAUAUUAGUCAAUUUGCUGUUAAGUAAUGUUAAAGCCACUUGAUAUUAGCUGAGCAUUACAUACAGCCAGUAUUAAAAUGUUUUCUCUUGUGUUCAAGCAUACAGUGUAGUGAAAAGGUAUUUGCCUCCUUCCUGAUUUCUUAUUUUUUACGUAUUUGUCACACUUCAGUGUUUGAGAUUAUCAAACAAAUUUUAAUGUCAGACAAAGGUUAUCUGAGUAAAUACAAAGGGCAGUUUUUAAAUAAUAAUUUCAUUUAUUAAGGAAAAAGCCUUCCUAAUCUACCUGGCACUAUGUGAAUAAGCCAUUGCCCCUAAAUAGAACAACUGGUUGUGCCUCCCUUGGCGGCAGCAACUGUGUAUUUGCAAUAACUGGCAAUGAGUCUUUCACACAUCAUUGUGGAGGAAUUUUUGCCUGCUCUUUACAGAACUGUUUUAACUCAGCCACCUUUGAGAGUUUUCGAGCAUGGACUGCCUUUUUAAGAUUAUAGCAAAUGUGAGAUGAGCUUUAGUGUUCUUUUUGGUCUGCAGUGGUUUUUGCCUUGGAACUCUCCCAUGAUCCAAUUCUUGCUCUGUCUCUUUCUUAUUGUUGAAUCAUGACCUCUGACCUUAACUAAGUCAAGUAAGGCCUGCAGGUUAUUUUGGUUGGCCGGCCACUCCUGGGACAGUUCACCACUGUUUUAAGUUUUUUCCAUUUGUGAAUAAUGGCUGUCACUGUGGUUCAUUGGAGUCCCAAAGCCUUAGAAAUGUCUUUGUAGCCCAUGUCAUUGGC